CUUUAUCCUAAGCCAUGUAGGUAAAUUGAAGAAAAAACAUAACUUUGAAUCCUUUGGAUGGUAGUUAUGAAGGUUCAAGGUCUCCUUUUCGUUCUAUACUGGUUCUUCUUCUGUGGGAGUGGGUCAAAAGAUUCAAAACGUAGAAAGAUCAAGUUCAAAGAACCGUGCUUCGCUGAAGAACAAUUUCUUCACUUGUGUACGGAUCCCACAGAAUCUUGUCACGAGGAACGUGCAGACGAAAUCGAAUUGCUGCGUUUGGACGGAGUGAAGGUACUGACUCUUAUUAAAUGUUGUCUUGAAGUUUUUAAUAUUUAAGUUUUAAAGUUUCCAUAGCGCAUUCAAAGGAUGAACAGCAUAGCUGAAUUCAACUGACAAUCGCCAACGCAGCAAAUUCCCGCAGUGGGACUUAUGUUUAUAACUAGAUUCGUAAACAAUUGAUAAAAGUAUGUGAAAUAUAACAUUGCAUGUCUCAAUGUUUAAACAUUGACACACCUUGCAACAGAUAAGUAGUCUUUCUCUUUGAUAGGUCGUCAAAAUCCGUUCAUUCCCGCUAGUGACCAAAAUAAAGCUGAGCUAUAAUUGAAGGCUGUGUCAAAUAAAGUAAAAAAAACUUAAAUUUCUAAAGGAAUAAAAAAAUUGUUUCUUUAUUAGGAGAUUGUUUUCCUAGAGUCUGAAUCCAUAUAUUUCAAUGUACAAUCACUGAUGAGAUACAAACCGUCUGUUGAGCCUUCGUCUUCAAGGUGUCGUUUUCAUCGGGUUUAUGUCGGACUAGAGAUUCAACUCUACUCAUCAUACUUGAAGAUUAUUAAGUUAGUGCGUUUUGAUAAUUAAAGAUAUUCCACAAAUGGCCGCUGUAUUUAGAAGCGAUGAAUAUUUUCAAUUUAUUAAUUUUAUCAAAGCCAUAUGUAAAGGAUGUGCGGAUCAUUUCUUCAAGAGACAAUUUCAUGUAGAAAAUUGAAGCACAAAUUUGACUUUAUCUGAAUUUUUGGCACACAUACACAGAAGACAACUGCUAUACAUGACUUUUGGGUCGCACUGUUGCGCAAUUUGUAUGUUUUAUGCUAAUUCAUUACAGCAGACUUCUCGAUGUGAUACUCAGGUACCAGUCCUGGUCGUUUCAGCUUUUCAUUAUUUCAAUGUCAAACUGACACUUUUCACUCUUCCUUCCAUCUCCUACGCUCGUCACAUUUAGCAGCCAAAUUUUAUAAUCCUAUUGUAAGGGUUUUCAAUAAAAGUUAGAUACCGACCAUCUAACACCGCGUUUAAGACCUCACAGACACCACUUAUUAACAGACUCUCGUGUAUGAUUUCGCCUCAGGGCUAAGCCGCUUAUUUAACAAAUUGAUAGUAGUUAAGCGUGGUCUAUACUCUUACCAACAACGAUACUCGCAUCACAGUGGUCAAAAUGUUGUCCACCCACUCGCCUGCGCCUCAUGAGUCCACAAUAUAUUUUGAACAUUGUGGCGACGAAUAUCGUGGUCGAUAAGGUCACAGACCAAGCUAAAACACUGUCAGUUUGCCUUCUACCAAAUUAUGGACGUAACAUAAAGCAAUUCUUUCAGUGCGUGACCACUGCAUGAAACGUUGACGCGAGCAGCAUUGUCUGUAUUCUUAUCGACAAAGGCAAAUUGGCCAAGCAGAUUGCGACAUUACUGCCAAAAACACAAUCGGUAGCUCAUUGAGGAAAAAGUUAUCGAAAUCCUGCUCAUUGCACCUGGCAACUUACAGGUCAGUUCGUAUUUCUUUUUUUUAGACAGGUCAUGAGAGAUGGGUGGAAUUAACGGAAGGGAUCAAAUACAAAAUGAUCACAAGAGCCAUGAAGCCCUUGCUUUUUGGUGAGUUCUGCCUCAAGUUGUUCCUAUCAAAAGUUCAUUCCCAGGAUCAUUUUUCACCCUUACAAAAAAAAAAAAGAGAAAAAGGAUUAUGUUAUGAUUUUAAUUCUUUAACAGAGAUUCCCCGUUUCUUGUCGGAUGAAGAAUGUGAGCAUAUCAUUUCACUGGCAAAGGAAAGCGGUCUUGUCAUGAGUAUAGCUGGCUUUGAUGUUGCUGCUUACGAGGGUGACUUAGAUGAAGAUAUGAGAGAAGCCGGUAAAACUUCCUUUUUUUUCUAUUGGUAACCAAGUUUUCCAUGAGCGAAUUAAAGAAGUAAAUAGUUGAGAAGGCAAAAACAAAUAAACUGGUGAUAAAGUCUCGUAACUCGUAAACAACUUAGUAGCUUGACUCGUGAACGACCAAGAAGCUUGACUCGUGAACAACUUAGAAGUUUGACUCGUGAACGCCUUUGAGGAUUGACUCGUGAACGACUUAGAUGCUUGACUCGUGAAAAACUUAGAAUUUUGACUUGUGAAGGACUUUGAGGAUUGACUCGUGAAUGACUUAGAAGCUUGACUUGUGAAUAACUAAGAAGUUUGACUUUUGAACGACUUAGAAGUUUGACUCGUGAUCGACUUAGAGGUUUGACUUGUGAGUGACUUAGAAGUUUGACUCGUGAAGGACUUUGAGGAUUGACUCGUGAACGACGUAGAAGCUUGACUAGUGGACGCCUAAGAAGUUUGACUUGUGAAAGACUUAGGAGUUUGACUCAUGAACGACUUAGAGGAUUGACGCAUGAAUGAUUUAAAAGUUUGACCGAUGAACGACUUAGAGGACUGACUCACGAGUGAUUUAAAAGUUUGAGUCGUGAACGACUUAGAAGUUUGACUCGUGGGUGUCUUAGCUAGACUUGGAAACUUGCUAAAUGUCCCAAAUAGUAUGAUUUGCAUUGUUGUGGUUUUAGAACAGGCCAAGACAAAAAUUUAAUCAAACAACAUUUUAAUGAAGUUUAAGGUAAUUAAUUGUACACUGUAUUUAGAAGCUACACGCAAACUUUUCAACAGAUGCAAACUGGACACUUGAUCAUGAUGAACGAUUUGCCAAAGCAUUCAAUUUAUGGGAUGUCAAUAAUGAUGGAUUCAUCGACGCAAAUGAGGUAUGUGCGAAGUAAAAAGUGAAACACACAGUGCAGAAUGAAAAACCUAGACGUAUUACGACAACACAUCAACAAGAUUUAGUAUAACAUAACACAAUAUUGGACAAUAACAAGAUGAAAUAACGGAAAGUAAUACAUCAUCCAUUGAAACGUAUUGAUGUUAAUCUCUUAAAGGCUUUUCCUUGAAGUCCAUCUUUCUUUUUGUUGUUGUUAUUUAUUUUUGAUGCUUGGUUGUCCUUUCAUGCCACAGGUGAGGCAUUUCGCCCAAAAACGAAAACUUCUGUUUAUGAGAGAGGAUGAAGUUCCAACAAUGUAAGUACCUUGCCGACGACCGAGUUGAAUUUUCCUCAGAAUGUUUACUUUGUGAUAUAUCCUUUUGUUUGUUUGUUGAAAUUUACUCUUCUAUGCUAUAUUUGCUUUAAGGCGUGUUGACUGAUAGGUACCUUGCUGAAUCCCAAAAGAAGAAAAGUAAUUAUUUAUUAUAAUUAAAAUCUAAAAUUUUGUCGUAAAAACCGCCAUAACUCACUCCAUUAUCCUCACCUGUACUAUAAAUCCGAAGAACUACCUUAUCUCCUCAGGUUCUAUAGAUGAAAGAAAGACUUACCUCAUUUUCUUUGGUUGUAGGUUUAAACGCAUAGGAUUGUCAGAGAGUCUAAAAGAUGGUAAGAAAUAUCUUUUAACCAGGUUGCUAAUGUAAUAUCGAAUGCGUGCGAAAAGCUUUUGAUAAGCUUGAAAAUAUGAACAUGAUAACCUUACAGACGGAAUAUGAACAUCAAUCACUGGUCAAAUCUAACAAUGACUCAUCAUCUACCUUCCCUCAAAACGUUAAUGGAGGUCUGGGGAUAUUUCUGACCCUUGCACUUAUUUUAUCCAGUGCAAGUUAACAAUUACUGUUGCGCAAUUAUUUGCUGGGCCUGGCGACUGAGACAGGAAGCAACUAGGGCGGGAAGUGAAUGUGCCGAGUGUUGUAGCUAUAUAUCAUAACUGCAUAACUGUUGUAUUUACCUUCAAAAAUCGACUCUUAAAGUUCGUUGUUUUCUUUUCACAAUCAAUCAAGGUAAAAUGAGUCGUGCAGCGUUUGCAAAAACGAACAUAAAGAAACUCUUAUGGUACAUGGAUUUCUUGAAAGAAAAAAGUCCUCGCCAUAGACCUCGAUACAGCCAGCAGGCCUGGCUACGACAAGACAGGAACGCCGAUCCAAUCCUCAGGCGCCUGCUUGCAAGGUGAGAUUAGUAGACUGGAAACGAUCACGAUCACAGAAGAGCAUUUCUCGAUCAAGUAUCAAAAUUACCAAGGAAUUGGUUUGGUUUGUUUUAAUUGGCUUUUUAAUCCUGAUAAAAGGCCCAUUCGCAUCAAGAUUACUCAGCUGAGCACAUUUAAUUUGAGAGUUAUGCUCCUAUUUCCCCGCGCAUGCGACGUAAAACACGAUUUUCCCAUUUUGCUUUUUUUAUACAUAUCAUUGUUUUUACAAUUGCACUGAUAUACAUUUUAUUAGCGCUAAAGUCUUUAAGUAUACAAAUGCAUAGGAGCUCGUGUAUGGAGUUAAGGAGAUACCCUAAAGCCCGUUAUUGAGCUUAAAGACGUUUAUAUUAAGAAUAUCAAAAAUGAUAGCGUUUGCCUUUCAUUGCGAGUGUUCCCAUAUGGACCAGAUAGUCACUCUUAAGUACGAUCUGUUAUCAAUCUGCUCUACAGAGACUGACUGAGACUCUUGUUAUUUGGGAAUAAACUGAUUCUUAUUAAAAUGAAUUUAAACUAUCGUCUGAUGAUAAAUAAAAAUGUUAUUGGAAUAUUAUCUAUUCAUGAUCAUCGCUUUUUCUACAGAAUUCAGAAGUUAACUCAGUUGCCUCGAAAAGUGAUUCAAGCAGGCGAGUGGAUGCAGGUAUCAAAACAUUUACUUGAGAGUUAUUCAGAUGACGUAGCAGAUAUUUGCACUUCAUCAUACGAAGCUGAGUCAAAAGUCAACCUGUUCUUCAAUACAAUCACAAUACAAUACAAUCCUUCCAUAUACCUAUGAGUUUUCAUUCACAUGCAAAUUAAUCUCAUUUUCAUACGAAUGAUUGAGCACCAAGCCUCGUUUUGAAAAAGAGGCCAAAGGUAAUUCGGAAAUGGCCUAUUGUCACCAUAGUUUAUUUAGAAACUUACCCCCUUUAUUCACUACACCUCUUACUGUGCACGGUUUAAUUUUUGAGAUACUUCUCAAUAACUGACGAUUGAAACAAAAAGGAAACAAAAAGGAAAAGAGAUGCAUUGUUUUGCUUCACUGUCCUGUUCUAGAAAACUUGCGUGCCAUUUUCUCUCAAUCAAUCAAGUUUUUAAUCGUAACUCGGUCAAGGUUACUAAUAUCUUGUAAUAUUGUACUGAUUGCUUUGGUUGAUUAUUUUGCAUGAUUAUCUUAACGACAGAGCAUAGUAGAAAUACGUCUCUUCACGUGUCCUGCAGGUUGUUCAGUAUGAUCCGUUUGGUCAUUAUCAUGGUCACCUGGAUUCCAACCCCUCUCAAGACUUUUCAAUUCCUUGCUGUCAUCAGAAUCACUUUGGAUAUCACGAUUGCCGAAUAUGCAGGUAUUGCUAAAUGUCGAUCAGCAAGCAAUGCAUGCGCGGCUGAGGUGGGCUAACCAACUCAUACCCAGACUAAAAACGAAAACCUAAACAAUAACAACCACAACAACAAUAACACCUAAAAAACAAACAACAAAAUUGCCAACAAGCAAUGAUAAUUUAAUCGAGUUUUGGUACUGUUUCAUCCAAUACUCGGGGAAAACCGUAAAAAUUAUUCCUGACAAAAGGACAGUAAAUGCAGUUCAGAUCAUCUCAAAUGCCUGAAAUGCAAACGCUCAAGCAAAUCUGAGUUAAACCGACUUAUACGCCAAGAGGAUCAUCAAUCUAACCAGAGCUUAUACCAGUUUCAGUAUAGUAUGAAGCGACUACGGUACUGCUAUUGCCCCUGAAGCAGACGAUAGUUCAUCGUAGGGUUGUCUCCAAUUGUAACAUGUGCUUGGGUUUCCUGACAGUUUUUGAUGCCUAGUUAUAUUGCAGGGUGGAAACAGGUACUUUGCAAUUAUCUUAUCUUACCUGAAAGCACAACCAACCGCCUGACCAAGUCAGGGCUCGAACACGGACCCCACUAACCGGAGUCCUGCCCCCCCAGUAACUAAUAAGAGACCAUGCAACCAUGGCCCUCGUCUUCAGUAUUUCUUAUAUUUUGUCACACAGAUUCAUCACCAUUCUCUAUUACCUUAAUGAUGUGGAGGAAGGAGGGGAAACAGCGGUAGCGGUGACAACGCUACCACGGACGAAUUCAACUUAAGUGUCAACUGUCACAUGGCCAAUCUUGUUAUCCCUCCCAAGAAAGGUACCGCCAUCAUGUGGUACAACAAUUUUAUUGACCCGGAGAGCGGUAUGUUAGGACCUGUGGAUCGUUAUUCACUGCAUGGCGGGUGUGACGUCAUCAAAGGAGAGAAAUGGAUCGCUAACAACUGGCUAACAGCGCCGAACAAGAACUCAAAACACAUAAGGAGUAUCUAUGAUGCAGAAUUUUAG